AUGAGAUCGUCCACGACGUCCUUCAGCAUCGGCCGCUUCUCCACCACCUCGCGAAUCGUCGCCGCCUCCACCUCGACGACGACGCACCCUCCGCCGGACGCCACCGCGGUGACGCGGUGCGGUCGGCCAAACCAGCUCGAGUUUUCGCAAGCCGUCUGCCCGGGCGACAGCUCCGCGACUCUCGUCCGCGUCCGCGCCGCGCCCUCGCCGCUCUCUCUGUACACGAUCGCGCUGCCUUCGAGCACGAUGAACACCUUCUCGCCGGGCUCGCCCUGCGUGAAGAUCGCGCGGCCGACGUCCACGCGUCUCGCGCGGCAACGGCUCUUGACGAAGCGCUUCUCCUCCGUCGUGAGGCCGGUGAAGUACGGAUGGAACCGCAGACCGUCGGACAGUUUCUCCGGGAACACGCCGGACGACGACGACGAAUCGGAAGACGACGCGUGGACUCCUCCGUCGGCACCCUCGGCACCCCUCCCGCCGCCGUCCUUCUCCUUCUUCCGUCUCCCGCGUCUGAACGCGGAGGACGAGGACCACGCCGCGAUGGACGCGGCGACGCGCUCCGCCCUCGACGCGAUCUCCGUCUCCCUCGCGCGCUCGUCGUCUCCCUCUCCCUCCCCCUCUCCGUCACCCGCCCGCGCCCGCGCGCGCGCGCGCGCCUCCCGCAUCCCCGACGCCGCCAACACGACGCUCGCGGUCACAGCGAACGACCGAACGUUCCGUAUGAUGGGCGCGAUCGCGACCGACGCGAGGCGAAGCACCGUCGCCCCCGCGUACGUCGCCGUCGCCGUCGCGGUGCGCGGCGCGCCGACGAGCAACCCGAGCUCGCCGAACGCGUCGCCGCGCGUCAGCUCGCCGAGCGACACGCGCUCCGUCUUCCCCCGCAGCAAGUUUUGGUUCGACGCCCCGGGCUGCAACACUUCCGUCUUCACCUCGAGCGCGCCCUCCAACACGACGUACAUCGAGACCGACUCGUCGCCUUGGACGGCGACGUCGCGGCCCGGCGGAUGCGUCUCCACGUGCGCGCCCUCGCGGAGGAGAACCAUCAGCUGCGUGCGGUCGAGCGCGGCGAACAGCGGGACGCGCUGCAGGACUUCCGUGACCGCGCGCGAGUCCUCGCCGAAGCCGACGCGUCGGCGGACGACCGCGUCCGCGUCGUCGUCUCUGGACUCUUUGCCCUCCUCGCGGAGGAUCCACCGCUCCGCGCGGCGCACGACGUCGCGGUGGAUCUUCGCGAGCGACGGGUCGUCGUCGUCGUCGCCGUCGGUGCCGCCGCCGCCGCCCAGGCGACCGCUCGCCGCGAUCUCGCGCUUCUUCGCGACGAUGAACGACGCCGAGUCUCGCGCGCGCGCACCGUCGCCGACCGCCGCGUCCCGAGCAUCGCGCCCGCCUCGCCGAAGCAAUCCCCGGCCGCGAACGUGUUCACCGUCUGCAGCGACGCCUCGCCCGCGCCCGUCGCGCCCUUCUUUACGAGCGCGUCCAAGGACCCGGCGAUCACGACGAACGCGCUGCCCCCCGGGUAUCCCUGCUGCGUGA